AUGGUCCGCUUUGUUCACGAGACAGUCUCAACUCAGGGGCUUGACCGCUCCUCCACCCAUCCUCAAGUACUGGCCCUUGGGCUCCCACGAUGCGCAACAUCUUCCCUCCAAGCUGCCCUCGAGACACUAGGAUACACACCCUGCAUGCAUAUGGCGCACGUGCAGCCCAGCGCCGAGAGACAGCGCCUCGUCACAGCAGCCGCACUGGAAAAAGACACAGCCAAGCGACGUAAGAUUCUCAGUCAUCUGUUUGCGGGCUUCGCCGCGACGGCCGACUUCCCCUCCAUCAUCUUCGCGGAUGAUCUUAUGGAGAUGUACCCCGAGGCAUCGAUCAUACUCAACGUGCGCUCCGGCGGUGCUGAGUCUUGGCACAGAAGCUUCUCGGAAGGGCUGCGCUUUUUCGAUUCGUGGCUGUUCUGGGUCGCGACCUUUCUCGUAAAGUCUGACCGAGCUAUGAUGAGGAUGAUGAAGGCCACAGACGACCUUUACAUGGAAAGGUGGGGAAUGACAUUUCGGGAUCAGGAGAUUUAUGAUAAACACAACGAGUGGGUGAGAGAAGAAGCGAGGAAGAGGGGCAGGGGAGUGCUAGAGUUUCAGGCGGAGGAUGGCUGGGAGCCUAUCUGUCAGUUGCUGGGGAAGAAGUUGCCGUCGACAGCGUAUCCGCGGAUGAAUGAUCAGAAGACUAUGAAAUUGGUGAAAAGAUUCAUUAUAUGCAGAGGUCUUCUUCAUUGGGUCGGGUUGUUCAUUAUCAUCUGGGUUGUGAUGCAGGCUGGAGUGAUGCUUCCACAAUCAGGUAUCUCUUUUGUAAAAGCACAGGAGGCAUAG